CGGGGAGGAGCUCCGAGUCCACCGCCUCUCCGCUGAAACGUUGGCCGAGGGAAGUCCGUCCGUCCCUUUGCUGCGAGAGUCUACGGCUGCCCCAUGGGGAAGGUGCUGGCGCUGGCCCUCGUCGGCCUGGUGGCCGCUUUAUUGGGAGAGAGGCUGCUCAGAUUUCGGGAACGAAUGAGUGCCUCACAUGAACUAAAACCAAAGCGGCUGCCCAAUUGUCAUCUUAUUAAAGGAAUCGAGACUGGCUCGGAAGAUAUUGACAUACUUCCUAACGGCCUGGCUUUCAUUAGCUCUGGUUUGAAAUACCCUGGGUUACCGAGCUUUGCACCAGAUAAAAGAGGACAAAUACUGCUGAUCGAUUUAAAUGAACAAAAUCCUCGACCAGUAGAGGUCAGAAUCAGCCGUGGAUUCGAUCUGGCAUCUUUCAACCCUCAUGGAAUCAGCACCUACAUUGGGGAUGAUGAUUCCGUGUACCUCUUUGUUGUGAACCAUCCACAGUACAAGUCAACAGUGGAGCUAUUUAAAUAUGUGGAGGAUGACAAUUCUCUUGUGCAUCUUAAAACCAUCAAGCAUGAACUUCUGCAAAGUGUGAAUGAUAUUGUGGCUCUGAGCCCUGACAGUUUCUAUGCCACCAACGAUCAUUAUUUCACAGGACAAUACCUAAUGAUGUUAGAGAUGUUUCUGGGUUUGACGUUGACAAACGUGAUUUACUACAGCCCAAAAGAAGUCAAGGAAGUGGCAUCAGGAUUUUAUUCUGCCAAUGGAAUUAAUAUUUCUCCAGAUGGACAGUAUGUCUAUGUUGCUGAUGUACAGGGUCUGAACAUUCAUGUUUUCGAAAAACAUGCCAAUUUCAGCUUAACCCCUUUAAAGGUCCUGCAAUUGGACACACUAGUUGAUAACAUAUCAGUCGAUCCCUACACUGGAGAUAUAUGGGUCGGAUGUCAUAUCAAUGGCUUCAAGGUAUUCUUCUAUGAUCCAGAAGACCCUCCUGGAUCUGAGGUCCUUCGAAUUCAGGACAUCCUUUCCGAGAAGCCUGCAGUCAGCCAAGUGUAUGUUGAUGAUGGAUCGGUAAUUCAGGGAAGCUCAGUUGCCACAGUGUAUGGCAAGAAGCUCCUUAUUGGCACUGUAUUUCACAGAGCUCUGUCCUGUGAGCUGUGAUUUGCCCAUCAUGAACUUUGCUACUGUGAAGAGGAUCAGUAUCAUCCGCCAUUGGCAGUUCUGAAAUGGCUAAGUCCAACCUGCGCUGCAAUUAAGAUGAAAUUGGGUGUUCCUGACUUUUUUCUCUUCAAAAGCAAGCAAUGCAAGAACUACUACGACUUUAAGGAGGAAGCAGCCGUGCUUGGAAGAAAUGUUGGAGUUGUGCAGUACAGUCGGAUUGAGAGACUCAAAUUAUGUGUCCGUUUGAUCAAGUAAAGACAUGAUAUUCUAACUGGAAGACCAUUUGUGACUUUCUGCCUUCAGGCCCAUGGAAUGAAAAUAAAGACCACCUGUAACAACUCAUUGAUGCCCUAAGUAUUAUACAAACACUGUUGUUCUGUUAGGGUACUUAAAUAGUCAAUCAGCUUUGUUAAAAGUUUUCAAACAUUUGACACCUUUAAAAAAAAAAAUUGCAUUGCU